AUGGGGGAUAACAAUGGAGCCAUCGAAAACGUAGCAGGAAUUAUCAAGGGUGCCAAAGGAUCCGUUAAAAACAGCGUGAACUCGAUUGCACAGGGCGUUUCUAGACCACUAGAGAAUGUGGCUGAGUCUGUUGGUUUGUUGCGACAGGCGGACGAGACGUGGAUUGCGAAGAUGAACUCGCCGAAGCAGAUCCUUGGGGACUCGAUCGCGGUUGCUGUGGGCGUUGUUGGACUCAUCGCAGUAACCAACACCUACAACACCGUGCUGAGCACUAUGCAAAUGCGCGAUAAUCGGGACCUCCAUAAAACAAUAAAGAAUAUUAACCACAUGAUCCAGAUACAGUCGUGGUGCUCGGACGAGGAGCGAAUCGCAGUUCUACAAAGAGAAGGAUACGCGGUUGUGGUCACCAGACAGCAGUGGUUAUAUUUGAAGAGACCUACCCAAGAAACUGUCUUUACUAGUCUCAGUAGUGUACUAGUAAAUCACCAGAAAAUAUACAUGAUGCGUGGAGAAUAUGAAUACUCAAAAGACAGUGGUCCUAUUGAACUUAAUCAAGACGUUCAAAUUCACGCAGAGCCGGGAACUGUCCUUUAUGUCAAACUCAUCAGUCGAUAUCAAACGCUCUUCCGAGUAAACUGGAGGCCACACGAAGAGCAUCGAACAAAGAUUCAAGUGAAAAACCUGGAUGUGGAAGUGACCUGGCCUCACUGGGGCUUUUUCAGAGAGCUAUACGACCUUGCGCUCCGUUAUCGAUGGUCUCCAGAUUGGAAACCUGUCAUCUACAGACAACGCGACAACGUCUUAUUUUUCUCUGAUAACAGCCGUUUGUUUGUUCCCGAUAUGAAGCCCUGGUUUAGACGUGUAGGAUUGAACAUGUUUUCAGUGUUUACUGUCAUGAUCGUCUUAAAAUUGCGGCGAAUGCGCCGCGGAACUCCCGGUGCUCUUAUGUUGAGCUUGCUGGGGACAGGCCUCUACGCUGGUAUCACGGCAUCAAACACACCGGAUCGCAGCUAUGACGAGUUCAAUCUUGACGAAGCAUUCUUCACGACACGAAAGAGCUACAUUCCUAUUUAG